CUUUGCCCACCAGCUUUCGUCACCAGGACUACGCCGCGCUAGCUCGCCGAUAUCUCGAUGUUUCAACCGCAUCUGGGCGUGCUGAUGUCGCCGUCGAAGCAUAUACGUAGACCAGGAUGGCGCGUUCCGCAGAGAUUGAUGCCCCAGGAACGAACCUGACUCUCACAUGCGAUAUCCUUAUUUAUACAUCGACCCCGGUGCCAGUCCUACAGGAGCGAGACAAUAACCGUACCCGAGUAUUAUUAGCUGCCUACUAUACAACGGAGGAUUCCGACCCUAGUGCUUAUGCUAACAGUUACAUCCGUUCUUACUCGACUGGCUAGUUCAUCUAGGACCUGCAUCAUCCCACGCUUCUCAUAGUCUGAGUGGAUCCCACCAAGCCUUACCUGUCUUCCGUCGGCGUCAUUUUGUACCUAUGCCUCCACUUCUCAAACCAACGAAUUUGCUCGAUACAGAAAGGCGGCUCCCGCUCGUCAGUCUACGGCAUCUUUUUGAAGUGUUCUUAUUGUUGGCGCUUUUUGUCACAGUUUUGAGAUCGAUACUCCUUGCACGAAGACGAAGAACGAUGACUAGUUCCGACAUGGGUCAAGGUGACUUGCCCAUCAAUCAAGAGAAGAAGUUGGCCAUUCAUCAAAGAAAAGAUUCAUAUCAAGAGGAGGCUCAUCUUGAAGGGGAGAAGAUAGAGAGUCUCAGCACUACUUUGGAAGAGGUUUCAAGCACAGAACGACAGAACGAUGUCUUCCUUCGUCGGCCAUCGCUCGACCAGCAACCGAACCAGUACCUCCAGUCGCUCCAAAAAGAGACCCUCCAGCCCGUACUAUCUCCGAUCUAUCCUUGGAUAUCACCGCCGCAAAAUCUACCAGGACCAUACGACGCGCCCUACUAUCCAGUCCCGUUACCGACCAUCAAGACCGAAGAGUCACUCCAGGAUAGAAACCAGUCGACUACCAUCAAGACCGAACCACCCUCGGCAGACGUACCCGAGGAACUAUCAACUAUCUCGUAUACCCGCCGCGUCUCGCCAAACAGUAUGCCAGACCAAGAAUCACUUCUAGAAGGAACAGUCACGGUCUCAACCAAAGGCUGGCGGCGCACUCAAUGGACCGUCACCGCAGGUUGAGCCCCAUCUGCCACCUCUUCACCGUAUGUUCAAACCAAGCUAGGAAAACGUCGGAAAGCAAGUGCGAUCGUACGCUCGCACAACAUGCCUUCUUCCGUACAACGGCACCUACCUCCCACGACAACGCACACUGCCUGGACACAAGCCACAAUCGCUCGAUCGCGGUCGCAUGACCUCAGCACAUGUGGAUACUGAGGCUCAACGUUAAAGUGCUGAAGUGGUCCAGUUUGAGCAUGGAGUGUUGUGGCUUGCGUAGUUUCCACGCUUACUAGCU